UCGUAAGUGGUUGAAAACAAUAAUAUAUGAAAACACCAGUCAGCAAAGAUGGUGAAAAUAGGCUUGCAGUUUAAGGCUAAUUUGGAAAAUUUAACCAACCUAAAACCUGAUGGAGAAGACUUCAGAUGGUAUGUUAGGUUGCGGUGUGCAAAUUGCGGAGAAGAAACACAUGAAUUCCAGUAUUUGACCCUGAUAGAGAAUGCACCUCUAAAGGGAGGCCGUGGACACGCCAGCAUGGUAGUGAAAUGCAAGUUGUGCUCAAGAGAAAACUCCAUAGAUAUAAUGCGAGACACCAUAACAUCAUACAAUGCGGAAGAUUCUAAUCAUUUCAAGACAAUAGUAGUAUUCGACUGCCGAGGGGUGGAGCCUAUAGAUUUCUCUCCAAGAAUUGGCUUCACAGCAGAGGGCGAGGAAAGCGGCACACCCUUUCCCGAAGUUUCCCUAACAGAAGGGGAAUGGGCGGAGUAUGAUGAAAAGCAAAAGGAACCAGUCGGAGUCAGUGAGAUAGAGCAUAAGUUUGUGCAUGUCAAGUGAAUAACUUGUCGGCCAAAUGAACAUUUAAAAUUCUGGGAAUAGUGGCUUAAUCAAUGUAUUAUCCCGAUUGCUUUAAGCUGCAGCACCAGAGAUUGACAGUUUUGACAUAUGUUCUAGUUGUUGGCACAGAAACAGUUGAUAUUUGCAUAUAUGCCUUCUAUCCAGUCAUUAUGAUAACUCACAAUAGAACAGAUCUAAAUUGUCUGAAACACUACAUUAAAGCAUUAAUUAAUCUUUUAGCCAUAAAUGAUUAAACAGAAAUAUGAAAAAAAACUUUAAUCUCAUCUUUUACAUGCAGUCCUAUAUCACAUUAUUCCAGACAUCUGCACAAAAGUUGGAUCAUUCCAAGACAAAAAAAUAUAUAUCUAAACUGUCAAUCUGUGAUAGUGCAGCUUUAAUUCACAGUCAAGAGUUUUAUUUUGAUUGUUUUUAAUUCUUAAAACCUAUCAAGUGCUUCUGUUUGUUUUAUUUUAGCAUUUAAUGCAAUUACAUUAAAUAUGAACAAUUAUUGUGAAAUGAUUUUAGAAUAAGAGUUUGUUUUCGCCAUAAGUUUGCAAUAAUCAUAAUAGCUGCAUUAUUUUGUACCUUUGAAAGUGUAAUAAAAUGUAUGUUUGCUCAA